AUGGGUAAAUCUUUUUAUCCAACAUUAAAUGAGUGCAUAUUAGAGAGAUAUGGUGAGAUUUGCUGGCAUUCGCCAAUGAAAUACAGGGAUGAAUAUCUACGAUUUUUCGAAGACUACGAUUUCACAACUUGUCGCUUUUUUCUUAACUUAAAAAGAGUGAAUUUUUAUAAUGAAAUCGAGAAAUUGAAUUAUGGUUCCGCUUCCGUUUUGGUUAUGUUGCAUACUAAUGGAACAACGAUAAAUAAAAAGUUUCUUUUUGCAUUGAAAAAUGCAUUGGAAGUUUGCAAAAAUGAAAAUGAAACCACGUUAAUCAUACUUAUAUCGAAUACAAAAUAUAUUUUUAAAGGAAAUUAUGAUUUAAAUUUAUUUCGAGAAUUCGAUCAUAGCUCGGAUAUCGUUGAUUACAAUAAUUUACUGCAUUAUUAUUAUGAUUAUAUAGAAAAUUACCCGAAGCCGAUCAUUGCUGCUAUAUCUGGUGCAUGUUUAUGCGGCGGUGUAGGCCUUGCAUUAGCGUGUCAUUAUCGUUAUUUCUUAACAACUGAGUUCACAUAUUUGCAUUUUAACGAUGUGCAGUUUGGUUUAAUACCGCUCGGAGGUACACUCAGAAAAUUAUGUGAAAUUAUUUCGGUUAAACGAGUGUUUGAUUAUCUUCUAAAAUCGAGAGUGCUUAAUAGUUCACUUGUAAAAAUGCUCGAUUUAGGUGAACAAGCAUUUUUUGAUCAAUUAGUAAAUAUGACUGCGAGUGAUUUAACUGAGUUGGAAGCUUUUGUUAUCUCUGUAUAUGAUACAAUCACCGCCGACGCAACAUUUUUAUCAAAGAAAUCAAAAGCAGUUGCGAAAGAUUUUGAGCUACCAAAACUAAGCGAUGUUCAAAUUUCUUUCAAAUUGGCUAUAAUCGCGAAUUUAUUUGAAACCGACGAAUUUCACUAUGGUUUAACGUUAAAAACAUCGUUAAUUAAUCAUAAAUAUUAUUAUAAUUACAAAGAAGUUUAUGGUUCCGAUAAUUUUGGUAUAACGGCCUACUGGAAUUCAACACAAUAUCACGCAUAUGACACAAUAAUACUGGCGUUAAAUGCACUUUCCGUUGAAAGCGUUGAUUUUGAUUUAGAUGACUUCGAAAAUGCCUACUCCGAUUACGUAUUAAUUAAAAAGCGAUUAGUACCACCGCAUAUAUUACCCUAUAUAACAAGUCAUAUUGUAUGUGAGGAAUUUUUGUCCAUUGAAAUUAGUCAAUUUAUUAUUACGGCUGACGAAGUGAACCUGAAAUUAAAUAGCAUUAUUCAACUAUUGCCAAUGUUGGAAUCUUAUGUGAAGACGAACACAGCUAUAAUAAUUGAUACAUUUGCUAUUGAUUACGAGAAUGUCGAGAGAACAGCUCUGUUUCCUGCAAGAAUCAUUGCAUCGAACUAUAUUUGCAUUAAUCGUUUUAAAUUUAUUGAAAUUACGAUAAACGAUAAAAUUGAAAAGCAUUAUUUAAAGAGAUAUGUAGCUAUGGCACGAUUGCAAAAUUAUAUCGUUCUAAUAACGAAACAGAAAGGUGAAGGUUCAGGUUUCUUUCUGGCACGUUGCAUUGUUGAUGUAUUAACGGAAUUUUGUUGCAUUUUAUUGAAAUACAAAAAUUUACCAUCUGAGGUAGAAGAUUUAGCGAAGAAAGCUGGUUUUUGUCAUAAACUUUCAAUUUUAUUCGAUAUAAUUGGCUUGAAACGAAUACAUGUAUGGGCGAAAAAGUGGAACGAAAAUAAACCUCGCGACGUGUUGCUUGAAACGUUGAUAUCGCUCAAAAGAAUCGGUAAAAUUACGUCGGCGGGUUUUAAUAUUUACGAAUCAAAUGAUUUAUCAGAACCAAUAAUUGCAAAAGACAACGAGAAAAACGAAAAAUGGAAUGUUGCUAUAAGAUCGGCGAAAAUAGAAUCUAAAGCUUACUCAAUAACGUAUGAAAAUGAGGAACUCUUGCACGAAUAUUUAUAUCUAAGUUUAGUUAACAGUGCUUUAUUAUCGUACCAGAAUGGUACAAUUAAUCCUUCUCAAGUGUAUCAUGCGGAUAUGAUUUGUCAAAUUGUGUUUGGUAUUUCGGCAUUUCGCGGUGGACCAUUUCAAUUCGCCGAUCGCCAACUGCAUAAUUAUAAAGAAAUUGUAAUGAAAAAUGAUAAAUACUGCGAUUUAAUGAAACAAAAAGCUCUCGGCAAUUCCACGAAAUUUCACUCCAAUCUACAUUUAUGA